UUGGUUAAACUGGAGCUGCGUCAACACGUUUGCGUUCUUUUUUCAUUGACAGCUCCGUCGAAGUGAGGUUGUCGGUGGUGUAAAAUUAUAUUUUUUAUUAUUAAAAGAAUCCUAGGAGGAUUUAUCUACCAAAAUGGUACAAAAGAAGCCCAAGAAGAAAGUGGGAAAAAAAGUAGCUGCAGCUCCAUUAGCAGUUAAAAAAGUCGAAGUAAAGAAAGAAGUUAAUCCUCUUUUUGAAAAGAGACCUAGAAACUUUGGAAUUGGACAGGAUAUCCAACCUCCACGAGAUUUAUCUCGUUUCGUUAAAUGGCCCAAAUACAUUCGUAUUCAAAGGCAAAAGGCCGUUCUACAAAAAAGGUUGAAGGUACCACCUCCAAUAAAUCAGUUUUCUCAAACUAUUGAUAAACAAACAGCUACACAACUGUUCAAAGUAUUGGAAAAAUACAGACCUGAAACUGCUCUUCAAAAAAAGAAUAGGUUGAAGGCCAAAGCUGAAGCAAAGGUUGCCAAAAAGGAAGAGGCGCCUUCAAAGAAGCCCAACACUUUAAAAGCUGGUACAAAUACCGUUACCAAACUUAUCGAACAGAAAAAAGCACAAUUGGUUGUUAUUGCACACGAUGUCGACCCAAUUGAGUUGGUACUUUUCCUACCAGCUCUUUGUAGAAAAAUGGGAGUACCAUAUUGUAUAGUCAAAGGUAAAGCUAGACUUGGACUUUUAGUAAGAAGAAAAACUUGUACUGCAGUUGCUUUAACUCAAGUCGAUUCUGGAGAUAGGUCCAACUUUAACAAACUUCUUGAAGUCAUCAAAACGAACUUUAACGAUCGUGCUGAUGAGAUCAGGAGGCACUGGGGUGGUGGUUUACUGGGUUCUAAAUCCGCCGCUCGUAUUACUAAGAUAGAAAAGGCGAAGGCUAAAGAAUUGGCUCAAAAACAAGGUUGAGCUAUUCAAUAAUUUCCUUGUUUUAACAGUGGAACUUUGUAAUAAAUAAAUUUAUCAUAAGUU